CUUGCGCUAAAACACGAAGAGAACAUCCAAAGGUUCCCCAUUUCUUGUCAAUUACAAAGGGCAGUUUUUUUCUAGAUCUACUGCCCCUUUUCUCUCUCUCUCUCUCUCCUUCUUUCUCUCUUUGAUUCAUUGUAAGAUCUCUCUCCUCCAUCUCCCUUCAAUAACAAUUGAUUUGACAAAGUUUAUGCAUUGAAAAAAGAUGGGUUUAUCAUUCGGAAAGCUUUUCAGUCGGCUGUUUGCCAAGAAGGAGAUGCGUAUUCUGAUGGUUGGUCUUGAUGCAGCUGGUAAAACCACCAUAUUGUACAAGCUCAAGCUGGGAGAGAUUGUUACCACUAUUCCUACCAUUGGAUUCAAUGUGGAGACUGUUGAGUACAAGAACAUUAGCUUCACUGUCUGGGAUGUUGGGGGUCAGGACAAGAUCAGACCAUUGUGGAGGCAUUACUUCCAAAACACACAAGGACUUAUCUUUGUGGUUGAUAGUAAUGAUCGUGAUCGUGUUGUUGAGGCUAGAGAUGAACUGCAUCGGAUGUUGAAUGAGGAUGAACUGAGAGAUGCUGUGCUGCUUGUGUUUGCUAACAAGCAAGAUCUUCCAAAUGCUAUGAAUGCUGCUGAGAUUACUGACAAGCUUGGUUUGCACUCUCUCCGUCAACGUCACUGGUACAUUCAGAGCACAUGUGCUACAUCUGGAGAAGGGUUGUAUGAGGGGCUUGACUGGCUGUCAAACAACAUUGCAAACAAGGGUUGAAUAUGAGAUCCAUGAUUUUUGCAGCUAUGUUUUUGUCAAUAUAGACUUCAACAAUGUCUAGAGCACUUGUGCACCUGCUGAUCUUUCUUAUGCGAGAUAGAUCCACUUAUCGCUAUUUUUUUCAGUACAUUUUCCUUUCCUUAAAAGAAUGGUACUUUACAGCAACUUUAGUUGAAUUCAUGUAAUAUUUUGCACUCUGAGUUUACAUAUUCUCAAUGACUCUGCUUUCGACAUUUUGUUUUAAUUAAGACUCGAUGUUCUCUCCCA